AUGGAUGUAUUGUCUUCUCAAGCCAACCUUGCAGGUUAUAAGUCGGUGUUAUUGGCCGCUGCGGAAUAUCAACGCAUGUUCCCAAUGCUGAUGACCGCUGCAGGUACUGUGAAACCCGCUCGUAUUGUGAUUAUGGGUGUGGGUGUCGCAGGUCUUCAAGCCAUUGCAACUGCAAAACGCUUAGGCGCAGUUGUUGAAGCAACAGAUUUACGUCCAACUGCACGUGACCAAGUCGAAUCGCUUGGUGGUAAGUGGUUAGAUGUACCGAUGUCUGAUGAAGAAAAACAAAAAGCUGCCGAUGCCGCUAAAAAUGGUUAUGGCUGGAUGCCAGGCGAGCAAUAUAUUCAAGACCAAGCCAUCAUCGUAGAUAAAGCCGUGUCAAAUGCAGACAUCGUGAUUACUACUGCGUUGUUGCCAGGUCGUGAUGCGCCUCGCUUAAUCAAAGCUGAAACUGUUGCCAAAAUGAAACCAGGUUCAAUCAUCCUAGAUAUGGCCGUUGAAUCAGGCGGCAACGUUGAAGGUUCUAAGAAUGGUGAAAAUGUUGUCACUGACAAUGGCGUGACGAUUUUAGUAUCGACAGAAGCUUCGGCACUGUAUGCACGUAAUGUUUUCAAUUUCGUAGAAACUUUGUUUGAUCAAGAGAAAAACUUUGCCAUCAAUCAACAAGACGAAAUUCAAAAAGCACUUCUAGUAACUCAUGGCGGUCAAGUACUGCUGAAGCGUGGUUAA